AUGUCUUUACAGAUGGCACCUUGGGUGCCAAUAUUCAGACAAAGUUGCAAGAAUACGCUGAAUGAGAAAAGUCCAAUUAUUACAUUCCAAUUCGCUACUGUCGAUGUCAACCAAGAGGAGAAGGAGGAUGUCGAGAUAGGAGAAUCCAUACCCAGAGUCAGAUCUGUCGUGCUGCGUGGGUUCCUGUUUGAUGAGAGGAAAUUGAAUGUUUUGUGCUUCAACACAGACCUGAGAAGCGACAAGAUGAGAGGGUUGAAUGCGAGCAAGAGGUUUGAAGCUUGCUUUUACUUCCCGCAGACUUGGGAGCAAUUUCGGUUUAGCGGGAAGUGCUUUGUCAUAUCUCUGAAUGGCGUGGGGGGUAAGGGCCCCAAGCACCAAAUGCUGGCGAAGUAUAGAAUCCUGCUGGAGGAGGAGAUGAAGGACCACGACGAGCAUUUGACGUACAAGUUCCCCACUCAAAAGGACUGGGAUGAAGAAGUACUGAGGCAGUGGAACACUCUUUCGAGGUCUGCCAAAUCUUUGUAUAGGAAACCACCGCCUGGACAGUUGCUGACGUCGGAGACAAGUGAGAAAUUAGAUAAGAUACAGAGGGGUGUCGAUGGUGCUAAGGAGGACGUCGGGUUGGAUAAUUUCGCCGUAGUGUGCCUAUGCGUGGAUCAAGUAGAUUAUUUGAAUUUGAAGGAUGGGCGCGGUGGCGAAAGGAGGUUAUACAAGAGGGUGCUGGAGACGGCACAUUCCUGCGAGAACGAGGAACAUUUGCAGCAGUUGAGAGAUGAAGCUAAUGAUAACGACGACUACCACGACCUGGUCAAUGGCCACGAGAUUUGGCACGAGAUUGAAGUGUGUCCGUAA